AUGCGCAUGCCCAUGACUCAGAUCGCCAACGUCCCGUCGCUCGAGACGGCGCAGGAGGUUAUCUCCAAGUCGAGAAACUCCCAAUUCCCCCCAAAUUUGCUUCCGAUCACGGCCUCGAUCCCGGCAGACCUUUUGACUCCCACAUUGGCCUACCUGAAGAUUGCGGAGAAUUCCCGACUGUCUUUCUUGUAUGAGAGUGCGGCGACCACAGAGACCAUUGGGCGAUACAGUUUCGUUGGUGCCGAUCCCAGAAAGGUGCUCAAGACUGGCGCUGGACAUGGCCCCGAAGCCGACCCCCUCCCCUUCCUCGAGGAAGAGCUCUCCCAGUACCGUGUGGCGUCGGUGCCCGGGUUGGUCCUUCCGCCGCUGACUGGUGGCGCCAUUGGAUAUGUCGGUUAUGACUGUGUUCGAUACUUCGAGCCCAAGACUGCCCGGCCUACAAAGGAUGUUCUCGGUGUUCCGGAGUCCUUCUUCAUGCUGUUUGACACUAUCGUCGCUUUCGACCACUUUUUCCAGGUCGUCAAGGUUAUCAGCUAUAUCCCGAUUCCCGCGAAUGAUGCCGAUAUCGAGGCCGAAUACCACAAGGGCCAGGCGGCUAUCCAGAAGACUAUUGAGACUCUGCUGCAGGACCGUACACCCCUACCCCCGCAGGGACCCAUUAAGCAGGACCAGGAAUAUACCUCCAACAUCGGCCAGGAGGGCUACGAGAACCACGUCAAGAAGUUGAAGGAGCACAUCGCCAAGGGCGAUAUUUUCCAGACUGUUCCCUCGCAACGGCUAUCUCGACCCACCACUCUCCACCCUUACAAUCUCUUCCGCCACCUCCGCACCGUCAACCCCUCUCCCUACCUCUUCUACAUCGACUGCCAGGACUUCCAGCUCGUGGGUGCUAGCCCAGAGCUCCUCGUGAAGGAAGACCGCGGGCGCAUUAUCACUCACCCCAUUGCCGGAACAGUGAAGCGUGGUAAGACAUUGGAAGAGGAUACCGCGCUGGCCAACGAGCUGCGCAGCAGUCUGAAGGAUCGUGCCGAGCACGUCAUGCUGGUCGACCUGGCCCGCAACGACGUCAACCGCGUGUGCGACCCGAUCACCACCCAGGUGGACCGGUUGAUGGUCGUCGAGAAGUUCUCUCACGUCCAGCAUCUCGUCUCGCAGGUUUCCGGUGUCCUGCGACCAGGCAAAACUCGUUUCGAUGCUUUCCGGUCUAUUUUCCCUGCCGGAACAGUAUCUGGUGCACCCAAGGUGCGAGCUAUGCAGCUGAUUGCCGAGUUGGAAGGUGAGAAGCGCGGUGUCUACGCCGGUGCUGUCGGUUACUUCGGAUACAACAUCGCCAACACGGAUGGUACAAGCGAGGAGCCCGGUGCCAUGGAUACCUGCAUUGCUCUCCGUACAAUGAUGGUCAAGGACGGCGUCGCCUAUCUGCAAGCAGGUGGUGGUAUCGUCUUUGAUUCGGACCCGUACGAUGAGUACAUGGAGACGAUUAAUAAGUUGGGUGCCAACAUUGCUUGUAUCCGUGGUGCGGAAGCGAAGUAUCUGAGCAUGGAGUCAAAAUAG